CUAUGUUGGCCGGCAGAGAUAUGAAUAAGCUUAUGCGCAUCGGGAUCAGUUGACGAUAAGAAUUCACAAUCACCAGUCAAGAUGUUACUGGUGGUCUUCGCUUGCGUUGGCUUUGUUGUAUCAGUUCCUUUGGAUAAUGAGGUACCGUUUGCUUAUGUUGAGGAUGUGGACAUGCAUCCAGAGGAGAUAUCCGGUUUAUUCGAAGGUGAUAUUGACCUGAUGCCCGGCGAGAACCCGCUGCACCGCAACGCCAUCAAUGAUCGCAGGAGACGUUGGGCCAACGGUAUUGUGCCGUACGAAAUUUCCUCCACAUAUCCCGCGACUGUUCAGACCAUCUUCAAACAGGCUAUGGCGGAGAUUGAAGAGAAGACCAAGGUCAACGGCAAGACGUGCAUCCACUUCAAGCCACAUGCUGGCGAACCCGGCUACGUUAAGUUCGUCACCGGAAACGGCUGCCAUACGCCUGUCGGCUACAUCGGACGUCAGUCGGACGUGACAAUCGGUAACGGUUGCGAGCGCAAGGGCACCGUCAUGCACGAACUUCUUCACGCGCUCGGCUUUUGGCACGAGCAGAGCAGGACAGACCGAGACAACUACGUCACAGUCCAUCCGGAAAACAUCCAGAAAGGUACCGAGGGAAACUUCAACAAGUACCCGACGGGCUACAUCGAUAUGCUCGGUCAACCAUAUGACUAUGGCAGCAUUAUGCACUACAGCGCCUAUGCCUUUGCAAUUGACCCACAUAAAAUGACCAUCGAGCCCAAGCGGCCUGGAGUGACCAUUGGUCAGCGAACAGCCCUGAGCCCUACGGACAUUAAGGAGAUCCAACUUUUGUACGACUGUAUUGCCGCAGACCCUAAUGGACACACGUCAGACCCAUUCGUGACCGCCCCUCCCACGACUACCCCCGCCCCGCCCACCGGCUCUGACGUUUGCACCUUCGAAACUGGUCUCUGCACGUGGACUAAUUCGCACUCCGACACCAUGGACUGGACACGUUACCAUGGCUCAACGCCUUCGGCUAACACCGGCCCAACAACCGACUACACCGGCUCUACCUCACACUACUACUUGUACUUGGAGGCAACCGGACACGCCAAUAAGGUUGCCCGCCUCGACUCGAAGCUGUAUCCGGGCGGUGACUACUGCGUUGACUUUUACGCUCAUAUGCACGGCUCUGGAAUUGGUUCCCUGUACCUCAACGUCAAGGCCGGGAAUCAGAUUAUUCACUUGCAGAGCUGGAGUGGUGAACAUGGAACCUUGUGGGCUCACAUCCGGUUGAACGCCAAAGUGCAUACUACCGGUUAUUUCAACUUCGAGUUUGAGGGGCACACCACCAGUAGCCAACUGGGCGAUAUCGCCAUCGAUGACAUCACCAUCCAUCCCGGAAACUGCUAGUCACGUGACUGACCGUAUCCCAAUGUACUCACUGAGUCGAAUAAACAUGAUACACACAA